CGUCCUUUCUUCCGCUGCCCCUGUCCGUGAUUUUCCUUCGCGUGGUUCAUUUUGAGGACCAGACUCUUCACUCCAUUGAAGGCCUUUCUGGGUAGGAAAUGGAGCCAAAGUGCGCAAUCAAGAAAGAUGCUACUGAAUUAAUAGGUAACACCCCAAUGGUUUAUCUGAAUAAUAUCGUUCAAGGGUGUGGGGCUCGUAUUGCUGCUAAACUAGAGUCCAUGCAGCCCUGCUCCAGUGUCAAAGAUAGGAUAGCUUUAAGCAUGAUCAAAGAUGCUGAGGAUAAAGGCCUAAUUAUACCUGGAAAGACUGUUCUUGUGGAGCCAACAAGUGGCAACACUGGCAUAGGAUUGGCAUUCAUAGCAGCAUUGAGAGGCUACAAAGUUUUUGUGGUCAUGCCAGCUUAUGUAAGUCUUGAGAGAAAAAUUAUUCUUCGAGCAUUUGGAGCUGAGGUAUAUUUGACAGACCCAGCCAAAGGAGUUGAUGGGGUUUUUGGGAAAGCAAAUGAGCUAUUAAGCAAGACACCCAAUAGUUUUAUGCUUCAACAAUUUGAUAAUCCUUCCAAUCCACAGAUCCAUUAUGAGACCACAGGCCCUGAGAUUUGGAGAGAUUCAGGAGAAAGAGUUGAUGCCUUGGUUGCAGGGAUAGGAACUGGGGGGACAAUUACUGGUGCCGGGAAGUUCCUCAAGGAAAGAAACCCAGAUAUCAAGGUGUAUGGUGUAGAACCAGCUGAAAGUGCGGUCCUGAGUGGAGGAAAGCCAGGCAAGCAUUUAAUUCAAGGAAUCGGUGCUGGUAUUAUCCCAAAUGUAUUGGACGUUAAUCUGCUCGAUGAAGUUAUUCAGAUAUCAAGUCAGGAAGCCAUAGAAACUGCUAAGCUGCUUGCUUCAAAAGAAGGCUUAUUGACGGGAAUUUCGUCUGGAGCUGCUGCCGCUGCUGCAAUAAAGUUAGGAAAGAGACCAGAAAAUGCGGAAAAACUCAUUGUUGUGGUAUUUCCCAGUUUUGGCGAGCGUUACCUCUCAACACCAUUGUUUGAAUCCAUUAGACAUGAGGUUGAACAAAUGACAUUUGAGUAAUCUAAAGUCCCAGAUGCAGUAUUUGGAAUUGUAACAAUCCAAAAGGAAUUUAGAAUUGUGUAAAUAAGUGCACAUUCGGGCUUGUUUAUCAAACUUAUGGCAUGGACGCUACAUUUUCUUAAUACCCAAUUGUUAGGGUAUAGGAACAUUGAUUUUUGGUAUGUCUUCAAUUUGUCUUUCUUUAUAUGUGGCUUUGUAUUCUAAAAAUAAGGGGUUCCGAUGUAUGACUGUGAUUCUGUAUUCUAACAUAACAAUUCUAAUUCUUAUCAAUAUUCUUCACAACAUUUA